CUAGAACGUACAUUAAAAUACAUUGCUCCAUCUGGCAGUUUACUCUAGCUAUAUAAAAAAUGAUGGUCGUUGGUACUUUGGUCUUCUCUUUAGCUGUUCUCGUUUAUUCUAUUGUUGGUGUCAAUAAAAGGACAGAUUUCUCAUCCGUGAAUAGAUUUUCAAAUCUCAGGAUACUUGUACGCUCAGCAGCUGAACUUCCUAAUGUUCACAUAAUGCAUAAAAAUGGAGCCAUACUUCCAGUUGCAGAUGAUUUAAAUGUAGUUGCCACGGUCGAUAAAAUUAUUGGAUGGGAUGAUAGUGGCAUUGUUCGUCCAAUAUAUAAUGCACAAAGGCAUAUCAUUGUACGAAAUAUAGGUAGCCCUUCGAUCCAACCAAUUUCAUUUGAAAAAGCCCGAUAUUUAGGUGUAUUAUCACCAUCACCAAGUAGUUCACCAGUUACUCGACUACGCUUACAACAUGUGAUUGAUGCCCAUAAAACCAACACAUCGCAAAGGCAGACACCAAUUUAAAAUCAAAAUGUAAAAUAUAAUUUAGUGUAUAUAAUAUCAUGUAUAUUUACAAUUAGUACCGUAAAGUAUACAUGUAUCAGUAAAUCAGUUGAAUGUACUGGAAAUGUG